CUUGAGUUGUAUACCUGCGGAAACAUCCACCGCACUUCUUCGCACAUUCACCUUCUUCUCAUCCUACGGCCGCCGUUGCUUCUUUCAAUGUACCACCUAGACGGGAACCCCUCACCAUCCGACCAAACACUGCUCAAAGACCUUGUCCAGAUUACAAGGGCGAAAUGGCAGACAGUAACGAAGCAGAGAGAAGUUCCGAUACAGGAGGCGGCAAGUUCAAGACCUUCAAUGUCGAGAAGCUCCACCCAAAGUUCGGUGCCGAGAUCGAAGGCGUAAAAUUCCCGCAUCCGAGUGAUGAGCAGUUUGAAGACGUUUUGCGAGCCAUGGCAAAGUACGGAGUAUGCGUCUUCCGGAACACAGGUAUGGAUGACACAGCGCACGUUGAGUUCUCGAGGAAACUAGGCGACCUCGAUGACAUUCGACCAUAUAUGACGAACGGGAGGAAGAUGCGUUAUAAGUAUUACGAACUGUUCGAUGCAGGCAAUGUUGAUGAAGACGGCAAUGUCAUCGAUCCGAACAGCCCUAAAGCACAAUAUCAAAAGGGUAAUGCUCUUUUUCAUGUCGAUAGUUCUUUCAAUCCACGACGGGCUUCUUACUCACUACUUCGCGCCCACGAGCUUCCUCCACCUGGGCACGGCGGCAAUACCGAUUUUUCGGACUCGAGAACCGCGUUCGAUGAGCUCUCUGAUUCCUUGAAGAUCGAGCUGUUGGAAAAUGAUUACGCAGCUGCACACUCCUUGGCACACAGCAGGAAGAAAGCCGCGCCAGAGUUUUUCAAAGAUGUAGAUGUGGAAACCCAGGCCAUGCACGUUCACAAGAUCGUGCAGCUUCACGAACCAAGUAAGCGCAUGAAUCUGUACGUCGCAGCGCAUGCACAUCAUGUCGUUGGCGUACCAAGGGAGAAAAGCGAUCGACUUUUAGAGACACUGCUAGACCAUAUAACGCAGGAGAAGUAUCGCAUUAGCGUUGCGUGGAAAAACGUUGGUGAUUUGAUCAUUUGGGAUAAUACGAGCGUUCUUCAUCGAGCUGGAGGGGGUACAUUUGCUGGAAAGUACAGGCGAGACCUGCGAAGGACAACAGUACAUGACGCAAGCCAAACGGCCUGGGGACUCAAUGAUCCGGGAAUAACAAAAAGACCCGGCUUCAGUCUUGGGAGUACGAAUUCUGUUUCUGUUCCGCUGCAAACUCUACAGGCGCAGCCUAUGGCACUAUAAGCGUUUCAAUCCGGCGCGUAUGUAUGUCCUUUUACUUCGGUAGACCCGAAGUAAUCGCACGAGGUCGAUAGAUACCAAAAGUUCAU